GAUCAAUAUAUAUAUAUCCUUCACAGAUUUUUGUCCUUGACCAAUGGUGACUACUCUCCUCUGCCCUAAUUGAUCCUCCUUCUCGCUGCUAAAGUCCAGUUAUGUCAUCCGAACCAGAGUACUGCACGCGUGUGUUCUGGGACGCGGUGGAUUUCCCUUUUCCAAAGGGUCUUGCUCCUGAAACGAUUUACCACAGAAUGAAAUUAAUUCUCGAGAAGAUGGGUUGUAUUAACCAUUAUUUGUCAAUCAUGGCUUAUGUCAGUAAUUCGGAAACCUUCCCGGAUAAAUCAGCCUAUGAGAAAGCCGGGAUUAACAUCGUUACUCAACCAGAGAGGCAUCGUUUUAUGUUACGUGACAUGGCAUGGUGGGAUGCGGAUUCGGGUUUCCUCCCAAAUUUUGGCAAGAUUACUUUUAUGGUAAUCAUAAGUCAGAUUGAACCGAGUUUACUCGUUUUUCUCGAAGGCCUGAGAAAUGCCUACAAGGUUCGCUUAGCAGUCCCUGAUGAAGAUACCUCCCUAUCAUCAUCACCCAACCUGCUAGAUAAUACUGUUAGGUUCGAAUCUCUUUACAAAAGCCUAUUAUUACAAGAAGACUUGAUGACACCAAUGGCAAGAGAGGUCGUCGUCCCUCCUCUGUUUUAUCCUCCCAUCCAAACCAAACCCCCGCCUCUAUACUAUCCUCCCAUCCAAACCAGCCCCCUGCCCUCUCCUCCCAUCCAGAUAUACAACAGCCCAGGUGUCUUCUUGGACCUGCCGGAAUCCCUCCUGUUGGCUUGUGAUCCUUAUCGUUUAAAUUCCUACAUUAGAACGUCCUUGUGUUUCGAUGAUGAGUUCUCAAUCAUGGCUUAUGUUGUUGAUACCGAAACCUCCUCCUUCCCGGAAGGAUGGGUUGAUGCUUUUACAAGUCUCGGAAUCACCAUCAUUCCCCAACAAGCGGAACUAGGUGCUCCUCGAGCUCAUAAAAUGUCACUGGACAUUGUUUUGUGGGCGUUGGAUAAUACUGCCACCUAUUUCCAACCAAGGGAUUUGUUUGUUUUCUCUGGAAAUGUCAAACAAGGAACAGAUUUUUACAAUGCUCUUGAAGCUUUGCGUGAUAGAUAUUACAAUGUUCGUGUAUUACCUCUUCUCGAAACGUCUUGGCCUCAUCCCCAUCACCAAAUGUCUUUACGCCCGAAAGAGGAGGUUGUUGGUUUUUCCCAUGGACUAGCUUCUUUGUAUAAGCAAAAUUUAAAAGUGUGCGGGGUAUCCGUCUUCUGGGAUGUCCAGGGUUGCCCAACUGAUUUAUCGGUUAUCCUCAAAGCUCUUCGCAAUAAAGGUUAUCGUGGCAUGGUGGUUUUAAUUCCUUACCUUGACAUGGAUUAUCAAGGAGAUGAGCUCUUUACGUAUGAUGGCUAUGCCUGUGUUCCCAGUAUCAAAGUCCAAGGGGAUAAAUACACAAAAGUUGCUAGGAUGUUGUUGGAUAUACUUUUCUGGGCAAUGAACCAUGAUGAUUAUGCACGAAAUUUGAUGCUUAUCUCACAACCUUCAAAAGACAUCGACAUUUUUGUUCAAGCCUUGGAACACAGAUUUUUCAAUGUUAUCUUUAAACCCUCCCAUGAGGUCGCCAUUGACCACCGCUUCGAGUCGCUUUGUAAAAGCCCACCACACCCUAACUCCCAGACCCGCCUAAAGUCACCAUCUCGGACGCUCACCGACUUGACCCGAGAGCGCAAUUCGUGUCCGGUCCGCAUCUCCUGGUUGGUAGACACUUGCCCAUCUAAGCCAUCUGAUUUUUGGAACUUAUUCAGUUCAACUCUUGAGCUUAAAGGUUAUGGUGGUUUUGAGUCAGUGAUAGCCUAUGUUGAAAAGGGAAAGAUUGAUGAUGAAGUGAUCAAGGUCUGCACGAAGUCAGGACUUCACGUGAGACUCACACCUGAUGGUGACGAAUUCGGGAAAUUCAAUUUGAUGGUAACGGACAUGAUUAACUUGACAUAUUCUUGUGGGCCCUAUAACUUUUUGGUUAUCUCCUCCAAACCCUUUAGAGAUGUCUUGUGCGACACUGUCUUUGAAGAUCUUAAAAGCAGAGGAUGCAAUGUUCUCUUUGAGACGGUUGAUUACAUGGUCACGUUUGGAAGCACUCUAUGGUCUGCAAAAAGCUUUUUAGAUACAAGUUUCACCGACAGCUCACAAGCGCUUGCUUAAGUAGCAUUGACACUUUCAUUUUCCUUUUGGUUUGGUGAACUCUUGUUAAUGUAAUCAAAUGAUUCCGUGUCUUUCAUCAGAUUUUAACAGCUCGUAACUCCAAUUCCAAUUUUUAGCUAA